UCCAGUUCUGAAGUCAGUCUGCAACGAACACUGAUACAGCAAAACGGAAACUACUGUGUUUUUACUUUGGCAUGUAAGUUUUUAGUACAAAUAAGGAUACAUUUUAAAAGAAUACAAACAUACAUUAGGACAUGCUUUCCUCUUUCUAAAUACAGAGGGGAAGAAGGAACCCAAGAGUUGUACACACGAGAUAUACAUAUUCAAAUUCAGUUGGUCAGUUUUUUUUGUGUUUUUUUUUCACUCGCAGUAAUAUUAAAAUGAACUUUUGAUUUAAUUCUGGAACACCGAAGACGACAUUCGUUUUUGUUUUGUUUUAAAUCAUUUAAUCACAACUACUGGGAAGUUUGGCGUUUUUUUUUUCCACACAACCACCGAUUCAUCACUUUUACUGAUGAGUCACUAACAGGAGUUUUAUUAACAUUUUAAAAUCCUCAUAACUGAAAAAAGGAGUAAAGAAGCAAAGUGACAUACUGUUUAAGACUUCUAGAAAAAAAAAAAAAAGCAUAUCGAUAUACAGCGAUUUUAUCUACAGCAGCACUGGGGCUUUUAUUUCCAGUCAUUCAAAUAAUUCAUAAUAGUUCUUUUGCAGGAAAUAAGAGAAGCGUCGUGUUUGUUGAGGAAUUUCAGGUUGCUGUAAUUGGUACAAAUGACUGUGUGAUAGGUUUUUUGUUUUUUCGUGCUCUUGCAGUUUCAUUUUGGAACUGAGGUACCGUUUUUUUUUUUUUUUUUUUUUUUUUCAAAAGCGUAGUUAGAUUUAUUUGAAGUAAAAAAAAAAAAAAAAAAAAAAAAAUGCCACAGUUAUCUGGAGGAGGCGGCGGAGGUGACCCGGAACUCUGUGCAAAUGAUGAAAUGAUCCCCUUCAAAGAUGAGGGGGACCCCCAAAAGGAGAAAAUCUUUGCAGAAAUCAGUCACUCUGAGGAAGAGGGAGAUUUGGCUGAUAUUAAGUCAUCUCUGGUAAAUGAGUCGGAGAUAAACCCAAACAACAACCACCACGAGGCAGCUAGACGAGUGCUGCAGGAUUCUUACCAUGAGAAACACAGAGAACACUGUGAUGAUGGAAAGCAUCAUGACAGCUUAUACAACAAAGGUCAUCCUUACCCAGGCUAUCCCGGAUACAUCAUGAUGUCAAACAUGAACAAUGACUGUUACAUGCCCAAUGACUCUUUGUCUCCUCCGAUGGCCAGAACGGUUGUCUAG